ACAAAGACGGAAGGGUGGCCAGUGUUGCCUUGGAAUACCCGACGUCUGUGUGGCUCAUCUCAGUUUGCAAAGUGCUCCCGUCCUCUGACUCACAGUGGCUGACCUGUCCCCAAUCUUCCUUCCUCUGGACCUCCGCUUAUUGAUUUAUCUUUCAGUUUGCAUAAAGGGGCAGUCAAAAAUGUCAACAGGGAACAGUUAGUUUGACGCCAGUGGGGACUUCGAGAUCAAGCUGAAAGUAAUUUGGCGGACGCUGUGCUCUGCGGCUGACCUAACCAAGAGGAAGGCCAUCCAGGAGGCCAAGGACAGAGCUCUCAGGGCCAGGAGACAAAAUGACGUCAGACUUUUUGCCGACAUCGCUGAAUCCUGAAGAUAACAUAAACAAUGACACAAUCAAAAAGGACAGGCCUUACAAGGUCUUUUUCAAAGACAUCUUUUUUUUCAAAGAAAAUGAAAUGGCAGCAAGGAAAAAGGAAAAACUUAUGAGCCGGAACAUGAAAAUCCACCAGAAGUCUACUUUUUCCUCCCGAAUGAAGAGUCGCUCGCACCUGGGCCAGCUAGGUUUGUACUCAGACAGAAGUGGGAGCUCAUUUGAAAAUUUUGGACUGGAUCCCACCCUGAUUCUCAGAUUGGCAGAAGGUGCAGACACAAAAAAGACAGUACGUGAAUUUAUUAAGGACCAACGAGACAGGUUCCUACUUGAGUACGCUCUGUUAACCAAAAGAAACACAAUUGAGAAGUUUGAAAAGCACAUAGCAACGAAGGAAGGGCAGCUGAUGAAGGCAGAAAAAAAGCUCCAAAAUGACGCCAUGGCCUUUGAGGAAUUCCUUCGAGAAAACGAUCAGAGAUCCGUAGAAGCUCUUAAAAUUGCAGCACAAGAAACCAUUAACAAACUCCAAGUGACAGCAGAGCUAAAGAAAGCAAGUAUGGAUGUGCAGGCAGUGAAAAGUGAAAUAGCAAAAACAGAAUUCCUACUUAGGGAGUACAUAAAAUAUGGAUUUUUUCUGCUGAAAUUAUCUCCAAAGCAUUGGCAAAUGCAGCAAGCACUAAAAAGAGCGCAGGCAUCCAAAAGUAAAGAGGAAGUCAUCCUUCCAAAAUUAUUAACAAAAUUCUCCGUAAGUUCAAAUAAAAGAGACGGCACCCCGGAGGAGUCCGAGGGGAUGUCGCUUUCAGGAGAAGGGAGGAGGAGCCAAGGAAAGCCACGCAAGAGGCCCACCCUCAACCCAGAGCCCAAGAAAUCAUCCGUGUCCAACCGGCCUGAAAGCAUCAGUUCGGAAGACAGCCUGGAAUUCUUCCUAGAUGAGGAUGUGGACUUCGAUCUGGAGCCGGAGCUUUAUUUCAAAGAGCCGGAGGAGCUGCUCCAAGUGCUCAUGGAGCUGGAAGAGCAGAAUCUAACUUUGGUCCAGUAUUCCCAGGAUGUGGAUGAAAAUCUGGAAGAUAUAAACAAGCGAGAGAGAAUGAUACAGGAUAAAAUAAAUACCAACGUGGACUUUCUGUUGGAGCAAAAGGCGAUGCUCAAGGCUAACUGUGUGAGAGAAGAGGAAAAGGCAGCGGAGCUGGAAUUAAGGUCCAGGCUGUUUAGUUUCGGAGAAUUUAAUUCAGAAGCUCAGGAAAAACUGAUCGACUCACUUAGUAAAAAAAUUAAUCAAGUAUACAGAGUCUGCAUUGGAGACGCUGAGGUUGGCAGCCUCAACCCAGUUCAAAAGCUGGUCAAGGUGGAGUCUCGCCUGGUAGAACUCAGUGACCUCAUCGAAUCUAUCCCCAAAGAAAAUGUGGAGGCGAUCGAGAGGAUAAAACAGAAAGAACGGCGGCAAAAGUUGCGUGAAGAGAAAAUGAAGGAAAAACUAAAGCACCAGGAAGAAAGGCUGAAAGCUGCCCUGGAAAGAGCAGUAGCACAACCGAAGAAGAAGUUGGGAAGAAGACUCAUCUAUCGUUCAAAACCUCCAUCUGGUAACAAACAUACGCUACUUUUAGUCAGCGAUACAAGAACAAAAUCACUGGAAGAAGAAUAUUUUUUUUCCUGAACAGGAGCAGUAAGACAUUAUUACCAGCAUAUUCUAGGUAUAUUUUGCAGAUUUUGGCUUUCAGUAAUGGCAAUAUCCCACCUUAUUACCUGUCCCAACCAAUGUGAGGAACACAGGCCUUUAUACUCAUUCUGAUAGACUAGGAAUUAUUUUUUUGCAGGUUUUUAUUACUCAUAAGUAUUACCUUAUAAAAUCUAAACAUUUAUAUCUAUAUAUUUUGAGUUGGCCCAGUGAAGGCAACAC